UGCGUGAGAGCGCGUGUUGCAUUUUGGGUUUAGUGUAGAUAGUGAACGUGUCCGAAUUCGCGUGCACUGCGCCUCUGUCCCGCGAUGUGCUGGUUGUCGUCGAUGUAGUGUGUCCUCCCUCGGGAUUGCGUAACGAAUCUACCUCAUAAUUUUGUCCAUUCCGGUGUUGAGAUGGACUCUCAGCAACAACAAUUCUGUCUAAAAUGGAACAGUUUCGGAUCGAACCUUGCUACCUCAUUCAGCAACCUCUUCAAAUCGGAAAGCCUAGCGGACGUGACACUAUUCUGUGAUGGGGUGACUUUCAAGGCACACAAACUGAUCCUGGCGGCGUGCAGCAAACACCUGGCCGACCUGUUCGAGACGGCGCCGCUGCACCAGAACCUGCUGGUUAUCCUGGACGGCACGUCGGCCUCCAACAUGUCCGCCCUGCUGGAGUUCAUGUACAAGGGGGAGGUGCACGUGUCCCAGGACUCCCUGUCCAGCUUCCUCAAGGCGGCCGAAUGUCUGCAGGUCAAGGGGCUCAGCAUCGAGCACGAGAAGCUGGCCGUGGCGCAGAGCGUCACCCCCAUGGACACCAGCCUGGAGUCGUCCAGGAAGCAUCUCAAGGUAUUGAAAGAAGAACUAGACAACAACGGCUCCAACAGCCACCACCAGUCCAGCCCGUCCCCCAGCUACUCGCCGACGGUGUCGUCGCCCUACAUGCACCCCCACCACUACAGAUACGACCAGCGUAUGCAGAACGCGGGCGGCAACUUCGAGAAGCGGCCGCUGCGCAGCCCCAACGAGAUCCUGCAGGAGUCGGUGAGGGCGUCGGUGUUGAGGGACGGCAGCAAGGCCGUCGGACGGCCCGGGUCGCCGGGGGCACUAUCGCUCGGCUACAGGCCCUCCUCCUCCUCCAACUUGCCAGGCCAGCCAGAGGCCGACGCGCCGUCCGAGAACAGGUUCGAUCCCGACCAGGCCACGGCACUCAUCUGCCCAGAGAGCAACACCUCCGACAGGUGCCAGGACCCAGGAUGUCCAGAAGAUUUGCGAAUGAAGAUGGAGCCGGGAAUGCAACAGGACGAGCCGCCGAGCAGUACCGCAGGCGGUGGUAGUGGCGGCGGCAACAUGCUCAACAGCGGCGGAGGGAAGGCGGCGAACGGGGCCAUCGGGCCGCAAACAAACUACAACCAUGACAGGGACAAGGACCUCCUGCCCCUGUGGAGCACGGUCGCAGGGAAGCUGUCCCACAAGACCGGAACUGUCAACACGCCCGAUGGAAAGAAAUUGAAGUGCCCUUUUUGUGAGAGAUUGUACGGCUACGAGACCAACCUGAGAGCCCACAUAAGACAGCGGCACCAGGGCAUCAGGGUGCCCUGUCCGUUCUGCUCCCGCACCUUCACCCGCAACAACACCGUGCGGAGACACAUAGCGCGGGAGCACAAGGCCGAGCUGAGCCUCAAGGCGUUCCAGCAGAACCAGCAGCAGCAGCAACAACAACAGCAGCAGCAGCAGCAACAGCAGGCGUUGAACCACAACCCGUAAGCAGCAAGUAGAACGACGUUCGGUGCGCUUUUCGGGAUGGCCCGCCGCCCGAGAUCUGAUGUAAAUAUAAUAUAUUCUCAAGGGCAGGUCCCGGCCGUCUCGGAAAUUCAUGACUACUGUCUGUGUUGUUACCCUUAAAAUAUGGUACGUGUCAUUUUUUAUACUUUAGUUAAAGACUAACCUUUAAGGAGACGGAAAAAGUUUCGACAAACCAAGCUGGACUUGUUUUGUUCCCAUUCUUCUUCGGCCGAGAGAGUAACAUUGAAAUUUGUGUUCAGCUUGUUAUUUUUUUUAGUUUCUAGUUUUUAGGGAACUGUUGCCGUUUAUAAUUCAUUUUCAUUUUGUUAUUUCGGUUAUAGGAGAUAUUUUUUUUGUUUGUACUUAUUAUAUUUUUUAAAGAUGGUUAUUUUUCCCAUUAGGUUUAAGUAAGGAGUAACUUUAAAUGGCCCAAGAGGGGCCGCGAACUACCUCAAUUGUAACUACUCUGCCUCAGGAUUUUUUUAUCAAGUUAGUAUCCGCUAGUCAUUAGUGCAACACAAAACAAUAAUCUAGUUUUAAGUUUCGUAUUAAACUCAGGUAAUAUACACGCAAAUCCAAGAAUAUAUUUUUUCAUUGCGUUGAAGAUGUUACUCACAUUUUUCGUCUAUAUCUCUAAGCUUUAAGAUAUCUGAACAGCUCAGUAGCGGGUCAGACCCGCGAUAACGUGUUUAUUUUCGAAUGAUAGUGCGUGCGAAAUUCUGCUGCUCGGUUUUUAAAUAGGAAAUGAAUUUUGUUUUGUUCACGAAUCAAGUUUUUAGUUUACUUUUCCCAAUAAAAGUGCAAAAAAUGGUAACUUCAGUCACUUAUACAAUAAUUUCUAUAAUCCAGUUUCCACAUAUUUAAACUAUAGAGAUUUUCAGUCUCCUCUGUAGAAAAUACACCAUGACAUAUGAAGACAACAGGAGAAAAAUGUGUUGUCCACAAUAUAUCCCUUGGCACUGCCAUCUAGUAGACAAACCCAUAUAUUUUAUUAUAAAAACAACUUCAUUGUAGAAUGGCACCACUUCAAUUGUUCUUGUAACGAUAUAAGACAUCUGUGGGGUAAACCUUCCAUGGUUUGGAACAACGGAGGGGCAUUUUUCAAUCCGAAAGGCAUUCUUAGAAAUUCAUAAUGUUCAUUAUCUCUUGAGAAUGCUGUUUUCUCAAUAGUUUCGGGAUACACAUACAUCUAUUUAAUGUUAUCCACUGGCUAAAUCUAAUGCAAAAUAUUGAUCCCAUGCUAAUUUGUCCAAGAGGUUACAUAUGUUGGGUAGGAAAUAUAUCUGGUAUCAGUUUUCAUGCGAUUUUCUGUAAUCUGCACAGAAUUUAUUUGCUUGUUAACUUUGUAACUUUGUAAUUCAUGGUUUGGAACAAUGGAGGGGCACUUUUCAAUCCAAAAGGCAUUCUUAUAAAUUCAUAAUGUUCAUUAUCUCUUGAGAAUACUGUUUUCUCAAUAGUUUCAGGAUUCACAUCUAUUUAAUGUUAUCCACUGGCUAAAACUAAUACAAAAUAUUGAUCCCAUCUUAAUUUGUCCAAAAGGUUACAUAUUAUGUUGGGUAGGAAAUAUAUCUGGCAUCAUUUUUCAUGAGAUUUUCUGUAAUCUUCACUGAAUUUAUUUGCUUUUUAACUUUGUAACUUUGUAAUUCAUGGUUUGGAACAAUGGAGGGGCACUUUUCAAUCCAAAAGGCAUUCUUAGAAAUUCAUAAUGUUCAUUAUCUCUUGAGAAUACUGUUUUCUCAAUAGUUUCAGGAUUCACAUCUAUUUAAUGUUAUCCACUGGCUAAAACUAAUACAAAAUAUUGAUCCCAUAUAUCUUAUCAAUCAACGAAAAAUUAAUUUUCUAAACUAGUAUUUUGUGACAAACCUCCCUUUUCCCCUGUGGUCUUCAUAUCAUGCAAUAUUUCCAUUUCCAUAGCAUUUAAUUUUAAUAUUGCUUCAGGCAACUAUUACUAACAUAUUUGUUUCUAAUAAAUUGCUUUAGGCUUUCCCCGAUUUGUAAAUAUAUUCAUUGUGAUAAUACGCCAUGAGCGAAACUCGCAAAAUUCCUCCAUUUUUAGCAUUUUCAUUGGGACGGUCGUUUUUGGGAAUCGUCAUGCACUAUUAUUUUUGCUAGCUCAAAUAAUGUUAAAGUUUCAUUUAUAUUUAAGCAGUUGGAGAUAUCAAUCCAUGCUAAAUGAACCCUGAUUGUGUCGAUUGAUAUAUUUUUUAAAAGUAUAUAUUUAAGCCUAUUAUAUAGUUUAAAAAACGGAUGUUUCAUUGACCGAUUGCCAUAUAAUAUAAAUCGUACGUAUAAACCAAAUAGAUAUUAAUUUAUAAGCAAGUACUAGUCAUAACAGGUUACAGUAGCGCAAAAAAAUACACAGGAACAGUCUACCUCAUUUACAGUAUUCCCCCCCUUCAUAGAAACGGAAAGCUAAAAGGUCUCGACAUGCAGGUUUCACUCUUUUUUUUUAGUCCGAACUACCUCUAUAUUACAUGACAAACUUCACGAUUAUUUAUUUUUUUAUAGUUAAGAGUAUAUACAGUGUAUGAUAGUUUCAUUGUUAUACAUUUAUAAAUAUAUAGCAAAGCAUAUAGUACAAAUGUUAAUAUAAAUAACUGCAUAACGCAAUAUAUUUUACGGACUGCCAGUUCCGCUUGUCUCAGGUCAGGUGUUAGUGGAAAUAUAUCUCGAGGGCCGUCCGAUUUUUUUCAUAAAAAAGUCGGACGGCCGAAAUAUCUGAUAGGGACGAUUAUGAAAAAUUACAACCUAAUGUCAUUGCGGAAAGUCAGGGAAAAAUAUGUCAUUCGGACAACAAUUCGGCACAAACUUGGGGAUUCACAGGAGAAUUAUUACGUCAUGGGAUGAAGUUAGGUUGGAUUCUUUAUAAUGUCUUUGAUAAUUUGUUUUCUGAAAGUGUGAGAAUUCAAAACGAGCGAGGCGAUCCAGAAGCCUAGACCAUUCAUUUUAUAUUUCCAUCGGUUUUUGUGGUGUCAAAUCAGAAUUUAGUUUUAUUAAAAAUCUUUAUAAUCGGGAUUAAUUUUUUCGCAGUCAAGGCUCCUGGGUGUUUCCUCGUUGAAAUAAGGUUUAGUUUUAAGUGGAUGAAUGUUUGUGAAUAGUCGACCGAACAAUACAUCAAAGAUUCUUUUUGUAAUUAUAUUUAUUUGUAUGGGUGAUACGCUUUCUUGUAUUGUCCGGUCGACGGGUACGCCUGCGAGAACGUACAUUUGCUAUAAAUCAUUUUUGAAACGGGUAAUUUUUAUUGAUCAUCAUAGAUUUAAUCUAUUCUGAGGCAUCAGGGUUCGAUGUUUACAACCUUAGGUUAUAAAAGUUUAUUUUUUAAUGCUUCUAAGUUUAAGUUUAAUUGAGUGUAAAUAUUUUAUUAAUUCGAGAGAAAAAUCAAUUCUAUUAAUUUGUUAUAAUCACAAGAUGUGCGAUAAUUACUUGACAUGUUGGACGUUGGAGAGGAUUUUGACAUGGUUAACAUUUUUUUUUUGGUGAUGGCACUGCGAAACAUAUGUAAAUUAGGUUUGGGAUAGUGAAAAAUUGCGAUAUGAUCGUUUAGGAUGAAAAUUUGACAUAGAUAGGGACGUCAUAAAAUACAUACUUUUUUAUUCUGCAUAGUUUUUGACAAUUUCAUUGAGAACUUGUGGUUUUUGACAAUUUUAUUCAAAUAGUGAUUAAUAACAGGUGUCUAUAUAUAUGCAUAUAUGCAGUUCUGCAAGAGCAUUACUAUUAAAGAAAAUGACCUGGCUUUAAGGUUUAUGGAUCCUAGCACUGUUGGAAAAGCUUAAUUUUUAUUAAAUUACGUCUCUUCUAAUAGAAACUGCCCCAGAAAACGACUAAAUUUACCAGUUUUGUCUCUAAAAAUAGCGUAAAUCAAUUUUAGGUUCGAUCAACAAAGCUUCUUUUCUCUACUCUUCAGCGAAUUAUAAAAUUAACAACAAGACGGAUCAUUUCUAUUCAAAAUUUCUAGGUCCAAGGCACUAGGAUUCGUAUUACGAGUAAAAUAGAGUAGUGGCAAUGCAAUGUUAAUGUUGUGUGAAACAUGGAAUAUAAUGUAACGUUUUUGUCACAUAUAGCUGCAAUAAUCUCAGGAACUGUUCAGGACGUUUAAAAGAUUCAUUAUUUAUUAACUGUAAUAGUUAGGAUUACAUUCAUGAAGAAAAAUAUUUACUAUAAGAUGUGUUCGUGGAUGUAUGAUUGUUAUAUGUAAAAAAAAAUCACAUAAGUCUGCCAGCAAAACGGAAGGUAAACGGGUAGGCAUAGGAUCACCCGAAGCGGAUUUGGACGUGGAACGUUACGAAAGGUUGUACAUCCGUACAAAUAAUUUUUGGCAAUAAAUACAGUAAGCUCGGUCGUGCGUAAAACGUGCAGCAAGUGCGCCGUUUAUUUCUGGCUUGCUGGCGAGAUGCUUGUAAAUAGUGGCACUCGAAUAAUGUUUAUGAAACAUUGGAUUUAAUUGUUGCCUGUUACCUAUUUAUAUGAUCACUAAUUGUUGGGAAAAAUUUCAGUACAAAUACAAAAUCUACCUCAAGCGUAAAUUUGACGUGUGAGCAGACCGCUUCACCCUUAAGAGAAAAAAAUUAGUACAAAAAGUAUGUAUUUAAAUAGUUUUUGUAUUAUUUAUACGGACCUUACCUAGAUGUUGACAUAAACUCAGGAACUUUCAAGUACAAACGACUACACAGUUUUAAAACAUGUAUUAGUAUCAGGGAAUCUCGUAACAAAAUAUAUGUCUAUUCAUACACAUAUUUAUAUCGGAAAAAUUAACACUCUGGGUAAGAUAUACACGCACGUCAGCGUAAACCUAAACACGUCACUGUUCGACUCUUUACGUUUGCCCUGACGGUGGGAGCACGAUCAAAAAUAUGCAACGUCUCGUCAACUGCACUUAUAAAAAAUAUAUUUACAAUUCUAUACUACGAAAAAUUACAAAUUAUACAUCACGGCGUACACGCCGGUGAAUGUACUCGAUAGAUUUCCGAUACGACGUGCAUAUUUUUGAUUUGGCACCAUUCAUAAUACUAUUAGUGGUACAUAUUGUGUGACACUCUCUGUGUAACAUUUUGCAAAAUUAAGUGUUCCUAGACUUUUAACGUUACAUUGUCACACUGUUAAAAUAUAAUUAAUUGUAAAGAAAAACCACGAUGUAAUGUAAUGUUGUACAGCCCACCACCAGUUUUUCACUCCCCUGUUAGGAGUAUAAAUACCAACAACUUAUUGUAAAUAUAAGUAAUUUAAAUGCAAGUAAUUACUAUGUAUUCAUGUUUCUGUUUUACUUAUUAAUUUUAAUAAACAAUUUGUCGUUUA